GGCUGCAUCAUCGCUCUGCACAUCUGGAAGUGGUUUAUGUACUCUCAUUCCUCCAGUGCAGCGUCUGGACUCUGAGCUAUUCCUCAGCAGCAGAGAAAGGAAAGAAAACCAGCACAACUCCAAAGUAAACUUUGAAGAGUACGAAAGAGGAAUUGAAUCGUAAAACUGUUACUGUGCCGUGUAAGGCCCUUGUGUGGGUGACUUCAAAGGAGGAUGGUGAUCAAGGACGCUUUGGCAAGAGUGCUUACAGCUGUGGGCUAUCUAGGAUCCAAGUAAAUAGCUCCACAGCACUUCAGGAGAGAGGAGUCCCGAAUACUGUGCUGCUUUGAAGAGUUUACCACAGAUCACAGUUCUCAUCCAACAGGACACAUGGCUCUUUUAAAGAAAAUUAACCAGGUCUUACUGUUGCUUCUUGUCUUAACUGUGUGUGCUAUUCUGUAUAAUAAAGUUCACCAAGUGCCAUUGGCAUUAAGAAACGAAACAGUGGAUUUGGAGAGCCCUGAGGAAAUGGAAGAAGAAAUCCCAGUGGUGAUCUGUGCUGCUGCAGGCAGGAUGGGUGCAGCUGUAGCAGCGAUCAGCAGCAUCUACAGCAACACAGAGGCCAAUGUUUUGUUCUACAUCGUUGGGCUGAAGACAACCAUCCCACAUAUUAGAAAAUGGAUUGAAAAUUCUAAACUAAGAGAAAUAAAAUUUAAGGUUGUGGAAUUCAAUCCUAUGGUACUAAAAGGAAAAAUCAGACAAGAUGCAUCACGUCCUGAGUUACUGCAGCCUCUGAACUUUGUUCGAUUUUAUCUUCCUCUGCUUAUCCAGAAACAUGAGAAAGUAAUAUAUUUGGAUGAUGAUGUCAUUGUUCAAGGUGACAUCCAGGAACUCUACGAUACUAAGUUAGCUCCUGGACAUGCAGCAGCUUUUUCAGAUGAUUGUGAUCUGCCUUCCACACAUGAAAUGGUUAGAAGUGUAGGAAUGCAGAACACGUACAUGGGAUUCCUGGACUACAGAAAGCAAGCCAUUAGAGAUCUUGGCAUCAGCCCCAGCACCUGCUCCUUUAAUCCUGGGGUGAUUGUUGCUAACAUGACUGAAUGGAAACAUCAGCGGAUUACAAAGCAGUUGGAAAAGUGGAUGCAAAGAAAUGUAGAGGAAAACCUCUAUAGUAGCACCCUUGGGGGAGGUGUGGCAACCUCUCCAAUGCUGAUUGUAUUUCAUGGAAAAUAUUCCUCUAUUAGUCCUAUGUGGCACAUAAGGCAUCUCGGUUGGAGUCCUGAUGCCCGUUACUCAGAGCAAUUUCUUCAAGAAGCUAAAUUACUUCACUGGAAUGGGAGAUACAAACCUUGGGACUACCCCAGUGUCCACACUGAUCUCUGGGAAAACUGGUUUAUUCCUGACCCUUCAGGGAAGUUCAAAUUAACUCGUCCUGAUAGCUGAUACUGAAAUACUGUAAAAUGUAGUGUAUGGGAUGCAAUUAAUAGUUUGAGAUGCAACACGUUGUAUGAUUAAUUGAUUUUAGAAAAUGAAGUAUUUGUUAAAAAUAUGAAUAACUGACCAUCAGUUUUGUGUGCUUAUGCCAGGAGAGAGAGGCUAGAGUGACCAGUACACAGUUCAGAUUAUCCUGACUUUCAUGUAAGGUGAGGAAACAAGUUUACUUGACAAUGAAGUAUUUUCAUUAAACACUUAAAGAGGUGAAAUUCAGUGCCAGACAGUGAGCUUUACUUUAAGGUCUUUCUAAGUAAGAUUCCAAUGUCUUCUGGUAGAAAAAUCUACACAGUAGACAGUUGUAGUGUUCUGUACAAGAAAUGUUUAGCUGUCUAGCCCACAUU